AUGACUUACAAUAUCAAAAAGUUUAUUAUUUUGUUUAAGGGUGGCCAGGUUGACAUAAAAGCCUUUUGUCAAGAACCUGCAGCACAUGCGGGUGGCCAGGUUGAUAUAAAAGUCUUUUGUCAAGAACCUGCAGCAUAUAUGAUAGUGAAAGGCACUGCCAGGGGAGUAUUAAAACGUCACAGACUAAUGCAAAAGGCCCACAUCGAAAAGUCUAUGACAUUGCAAAUAUUCAGGGUAUAUUCAGAUUCGUGUUAG